AUGAAGGUGGGCGGCCUGAGCUCUGCCACCCUGGCGAGCGGCGAGAUGCUGGCGGACAGCCAGGUGCGAGGGAUGACGGCGGUGAUGCCGUCGAUGGAGGUCCAGGCGAUCCGCUUGAAGGCGACCGGGGUGCUGCGGGAGAUCCACUGGAUCGAGAUCGCGGACGUCACCCAGCCCAGCACCUUCCGAAUUCGCAUGACGGGCCAAGUCGGGCAGGAGGCCACCAUGUCCUUCGCCAACUCCGUGGAUCCCGGCACCGUCAGGGACGGCGUCCGUGAUGCGAACGUCAUCAUUGCGGGUGAGGAGCCGUACAGGCUGCACAACUGCCGGAGCAUGAGCGUGGACGUGAACGAGACGGCACCGGCGCGGCGCUUCACUUUGACCUUCGAGUGCCCGCUGGAGGCCGGCACUUCCCGCUGGAUCGGGCUGGACCUGAUUGACCCCGGCCUGGGCUCGGCCACCGUGGGCACCCUGCAGACGGCCACCGCUCCGCUGGCCGGGUCCUUCAUGGUGGGCCACAGCGGCACCUGGAGCUCCGCCAUCGAGGCCCGGACAGCCACCACCAGCUGGACCCACUUGACACAGGAGGUGCAAAAUAUCAGGCGACCCGAGGGGGAUGCCAACGGCCAGCUGGAACUGGAGUGCUUUAGGCAUCCCCAAGGAUGGUCAUCAGGUGAGCAGUUCCAAGUGCUCGUGCGCUUCCGCCGGCCCUUGGGGAAUGUGCCCCUUCUGGAGGUCAACACCACAGGAUUGCGGGGCACCGGCUUCAGCCUGGAGGUCUAUCCGGUAGAAGACGGAGACGCGGAUGCCAUCUUCUUGGAUCGCAUCCCCGCCGACUUGUUUGAGGUCCCGGAUCCUGCAGAUCCCGACGUCCAGCCCGUGCGGGUGGUGGUCAACGGCGUCGUGGGUGCACUGGGCGGCAACACGCUCGGUUACAGGUACAACACGUCCCUGGUCCCGGUGCUGGUCAGCGUGUCGCCUUCCAUGGUGGACGCCAAUGGUACCUUGUCCUUGGUUGUCGGCAACAUCCUGGCAUACACCAACGGUGUUUCGAAUUGGACCCAGGAUCUGAUGGUGCAGCUGGGGGAGGAUGCGGGGCAGUGCCAGGACUUCCAGGAGGUGUCCAGCAGCGGAAGCAACGUCGAAGUGACGUGCGUGCUGGCGAAUGCGCGCGCUGGCUUGCACGCGGUGAACCUGAUUUCCCUCUCGCAGGGCCAAGCGGAUCCCUCGCUGGCGCCAGAGGUGUCAGUGGAGGCGGUACUGGACGAGGUGGGCCCCUUGACGGGCUCCUUGGCCGGCGGCACCGUGCUGACGCUUGUGGGCGUUGGGCUGCGCGGUAUGAACUGCUCCCAGCUGCUGGUGGGUGGCGUGCCGUGCACGGAGCCUGCAGCCAGCAACAUCCCGGUGCCAGGCGACGUAGCUCUGGCGUGCCUCACCCCAGCUCUGAGCAGCUUCGAUGCUUCAAGCGACCCAGCCAACUGGGCGAGGACCUCGGCGGCCGACGUGACGCUGGCACAGCCGGCUUCCACGGCCUCGGUGGUGCGGGCGUCCUUCCAAUACGCAUCGGGCUCCACGCCUCUGCUGUCGGAUGUGGUCCCAUCCUUCUACUCCUCAGCUCUCAGCACGACCAUUGUCAUCAACGGCAGCGGCUUAGCUUCUGCCGCUGGCGCCAGCGAGGCGCCGGUGGUGCAGUUCGGCGAGCGCAUGGGCUCCGUCACCACCCAGGAGGACAUUGGGCUGCACGUGUGGCUACUGCGCGCGGCGCCUACACCCCCAGAUCAGGAUGUGGUGGUGCCGCUGGCCUGGAUCCCGGGCAAGGGCUUCGCCGCGGUGCCGUCCGGGGUGACCUUCGAGUCCCGCUUCGAGGUGACGGCCAUCAGCCCUGUCAGCGGCUCCAAGGCGGGCGGCAUAUUGGUGACUAUCACCGGAGCAGGCUUCCACAGCGAUGCUACCAAGCACACAGUGAAGUUUGACCUUUCGGGCGGCCUCUCCCGGGACUGCGCGGUAAUAAGCGGCACCACGAGCGAGCUGACUUGCCGCCUGCAGGGGGGUGCCUCCAUGGAAAACAUGGGCCCCUCGGCGUCCGACUCCGAGCACGACCACGGGAUGCGGCGCCUAUCGGCCGAGCGGGAGAGAAGAGAGAAGCUCCGCUGCGAAGCGGGCGCGGACGACCACUCCAAGGUGCGCUGCUUCGCCUUGGCGAUGAGUCCCGGGAGCAUCAGAUCUUUGAGCUCCGACACGGAAGGAGGUCGCUCAAAGGAUGCCCUGGACUGGAUCCGGCGUUCGGAGCUGGAAGGAGGACAGCGGCCGAUGGUGGAACCCGUGUACAACAUUGAGGACAGCUCCUUUGAGGACGACCUCAUUUCUGGUCCUGAGACCGCGGACGGAGAGCCGGCCAGGCGCUUGGAGCUGGAGGACGACGUGGACCUGGCGCCGGCGAGGUCUGAGGCCUUCCAGGGUUUGCGCCGCUGGGGCGUCGACAGCGACGAGGCCGAGGAGUUCCGCCUGCGGCGCCUGGGGCCGGCCCGGCCCAGGGAGAAGGAGGAGGUGGAGGAGGAUUGGGGGGAUGAUUGUGGCGACGAGAGCCCCGGAUCCCGCGUUGCCUUGUUAUAUACAGUGGUGUCAGGGCAGGGGGUCUUCGAAGAUGAGAACCUCUACUAUGAAACCAUUUGGUGCGACAAGUGCGGGGACAACGCCGGCAUGGAAGCGGAUCUGUACUGUGUGGACUGUGAGGGCUACUUUUGCUGGGCGUGCUCUGGUCGCUGGCACCACCCGGGUGGAUGCAAUGAGAUGCACUCGCUGGAGGAGAUCGUGACAGGCGAGGAGAAGGGCUUGAAGCUGUUUACUCCCCUGCUGGACGAGAUUAUCAUCAGCGUAGCUUUGUACACCAUCGUCCGCCGCCUGAUCGAUUCCGUGGACCAAAAUUAUUUGUUCAGGUCGGACAUAUGUCCAACGAUCCGGUGGCUUCAGAACUGGCUGGCAUGGACGGACACGCUGACGUUCUACCACUUCAAGGAGGGCUCUGGAGAGGAGACCCUGAUGGCGAGUUGCAGCAGCGAGGACAACUUCUGGAAGCUGCUGCUGGAUGGGUGGGUGCGCACCACGGUCACCGACUCUGACAGCCUGCUGCUGUUGCUGCGGACCUUGCCGCAAGCCCUGGUGAUCCACUACAUCGCUAUCACCUUUCUGGUGCCCCCCUUGGCCGUCUGCUACGCGGCCUGCCUGUUGCUGGCCCGCGCCUUGGAGCUGCGGCUGCCGCGGUGGCGCUGGCUGCGGAAGGCCUCCGUGGCAGCCCAGCAGCUCUCGGCCCUCAGCGCGCGCUUCGUGUCCUACACCCAGCAGGCCCCACAGAAGACUCGGCCCAGGCAGAGGCCUUCCCAGGAUGUGUGGGAAUGGUGGGACUAUUGGAGCCGCAGGCAAGUCCGGUGGUUCAACUUCUAUUUCCGGUCCGCCAAGGAGUGUGCCACGCUGCUUUUGGCCAACAUCAUGAGGCUGAUCGUCAUCUUCCGAUGCCUUGGGAUUUGCUUCGGCCUGGGCAAUCUGCUGCGUUGGAUGUUGGAGAGCGCAGGGCUCCACGAGAGCAUCCGGGUCCAGCAAGAGUGGUUUGGCCGGGCCAAAGAGAUGCUGGACACCGACCGUUUCAUCUUCCACUCCUUUGUCGGGGCGCUGGGGGUGACCUUCGAGCUGCUGAAGCAGGCGGACCUCUGGGGUUUCCUGGCGUGCCUCUUCGGCGUCUCCGCCUUGCUGGCGCUCGACGUGUUGCUGCGCUUCGGCCUGGUGCGGCGCAGGUGGCUGGGGCGCAAAAACGUGCAGAAGGCCGUGCUGCUGCCGCUGGGGGUGGUGCUGGUGGUGGUGCCCGCCGCGAGGUGGGCCUUUUCCUUGCUGUACUUCGGCCUUGUGCUUGUGCUUUGGCUGCUCGAGCGGCUAACACAGUACGUGGUGGAGAAGCAACAGGAGCGCUUCUGGGAGCAGUGGGAGUCCACCUACCGCGACCUCACCUUGGGGAAGUGUGAGGACCAAUGCCCCUGUCCCUGCACGCGGCACCCGGCCGGCAUCUCCCGCGCCCGCAAGCUGCCGCCGGUGCUGUGGCCCGGCUGGAGCCGGCUGCUGCGCGCGUGCAAGCGCCGGCAAGCCAAGCGCGACGCCGGGAAGGGCGACUCCCAAGCCAAGCGGUUUGUGGAGGCCGAUGCCGAGGAUACCGAUGAGAUCAGGAGGCUGUCCGGGGACAUGGACGGGGACAUGGACAACGAGACGGACUCCUCGAACGCGACGGACUCUGACCCAGCCGUGCCGGAGAUCCUGACUCUGGCCAUGUCGCUGAACGGAGUGAGGCCGACGUGCAAAGCAUCUUUCUGCGGCCUCAACCUGACAGACGAGGCGACCCCCACCGUGUCCGCCGUUCUGCCGCUCAAAGGAUCCUACGCGGAUGGCACGGAUGUGGUGCUCACGGUGUCCAGCAUGAAGGAGCCUGAGCAAGUGCAGGUCUACUUCGGAGAGACCGAGUGCCCAAAUGCGGUGGUCAGCGGGGCCAUGGGGGACUGGAGGGUGACGGUGCCUUUGUGCUCCUUCGAGGCUUCCAAGGUGCCGGUGCAUCUGCUCACGAGCUCUGGCUACGCCGCCAAAGCAUCUCCCUUCACGGGUGCCAGCUUUCACUUCGAACAGGAGCUGCGGCUGACCAGCGUCACUCCGAGCAGCGGGUCCUUCUACGGGGGCACCUUGGCCACCAUCGCGGGCGCCGGUUUGGGCGCCACGACGGCAGCGAACUAUGCCACUGUGGGAGGCACUCCGUGCCAGGUGACGGCGGCCUCCAACGACCAGAUCUCGUGCUACGUGCCCCCCGCUGCGGCAGAGCUCGCGACGGGGGAUGUUGCGGCGCGGACCAUGGAGGCGGCAGUGAAGGUGCUGUCGGCAUCCGUGGCCACGGAGCCGGGGCUGAAGGGCGAGUACUUCUUCUUCACUCAGGGCUCCACACUGCCCAGUCUGGACGGAAGGGUGCCAGACCUGACCCGAACGGACUCCACCAUCAACUUCGCAGACACCAGCCAGGUGUGGGACGCCAACCUGCCCUCCAGCACCCACUUCGCGGUGAGGUGGACAGGGUACAUCACCGUGCAAAGCUCGGGGGACUACACCUUCUACCUGGGAUCGGACGACGGGUCCCAGCUGUUCCUGGACGGGUCUCUGGUGGUGGACAACGAUGGCACUCACGGGUUCCGGACCCGCACCAGUGUGCCUCAGACCCUGGCGGCGCACUCCAUGCACAUGGUCACGGUGCUCUUCUUCCAAACCAUAGGAAGCCAUGGGGUGCGGCUGCAGUACUUGGGCCCGGACACCGGGGGCCAGGUGCUGCUGGUGCCGAGCUCCGUGCUGUCGCACGGCAGCUUCGAGCAGGCGCCCACGCUGUCCUACGUCUACGACAGCCCCGACAGCGCCCCCUUCAUCGAGAACCUCACGGAGGCGGGGGCCACGCUCACCCUGGAGGGCGCCAACUUCGGGGCCGACGGCAAGGUGGCCCUGGGCAGCGCCACCAACCCGGAUCUGAACUUCCUGUGCACGGUCACCUCUUGGUCUGCCACCAACAUCAUCUGCUCGCGCCCAGAGCUGCCCUCCGGGGCAUGGCAGGUCCGGGUGCACACGGCGAUGGGCUGGUCCAACGUGGCGCCGUUGUUGGUCUGGGUGGAGCUCACGGUGACCUCGGUGGAGGCCAACGGCGUCAACGUGUCGGCGGCCUCCGCGACCUCGCCCUGGGUGCUGGUGAUGAAGUUCUCGGAGGGCGGACUCCUGGGCUACGACUCCGAGCUCUGGUCCAACGCGGAGCUUCUGAACCCAGACUCGCCGGAGGAUAUGCCGGGCAACGCCAAGUACCAGGCCUACAUGGACACCCCUUUCAAGCGGCUCCGUGCCUGCGUGGGCACAGCCUAUGGCAGCUGUGCGUCCCAUAGCUUCGACUCCGCGUACAGCUCUGCCUCCGCCCUUUUUACCGCCGGGUACGUGCGGGACUUCUCGGUGGACCAGGGGGGCUUGAUCCAGGCCCUGGGCGCGAAGCCGGGCACCUACCAGGCCUGCCCCAUGCUGUCCCCGGGCUUCAACCUGGAGUGCGACUCCGCCAACAAGGCCCGCUGGGGCUUCUGCGCCAACUGCCCCAACCAGCAGUGUCAGCCCGAGGGCGGCGACGCGGACGCCGCGGUGGGCAUCGGCCUCCGCGGCUCCAACUCCCCGGCGGUGGGCGCGGGCUGGACCGCCUACUUCGCCUCGGGGGGCGGCACCUGCUCGGCCACCAGCGAGACGCACAAAGACGUGUGGCUAUGGGUGGAGAACCUGACCGUUGCCGAGACCACGGAGACGCUGCACAGCGGGCACGGGGGCGGGGUGGCGGUGACCAUCGCGGGCAGCGGCUUGGGCUUCGACAAGGCGCAGACCAAGAUCUCGGUCUGCGGGGAGCCCUGCGAGGUGUCCAAGAGCGACGGCAGCUCAGCCACCUGCGCGGCGCCGGGCAUCAGGACCAUGGAGCUGAUUGACACCUACCCAGAAGCCUUUCCCUCCACAGACCUGGCAGCGGCUGCAGCUAUGUUCUAUACUGACAGGGGCGAGCUGGAGAGCUCCCUGUCGGAGCUGGCCUUCAAGAGCUCCGUGGACCUGCAGAUCGACUUGUCGCUGGGCCUGGGGCCGCGGAGCGGCUGCUGGCUGGGCUUCGAGCUGCCGCCCGGGAAGGAGGCGCUGGUGACGGCGGUGGACUUCUUUCCACCCACGGAUCCCAAUCGGAGGGCCAAGGCUGCGGAGACGGUCUUUGAGGUGCGGAGCUUUUCCGGCAACGUCACGUGGACGGAGAUCGCCUCCGCGCGCUCGGCGACGACCACGGGGGCGAGCAUCGCCCAGGGGUGGACGUCCUACCCGGUGCAGGGCCCCGAGGGAGAGAACAGCUCGGUCGUCGCGCAGGCCUUCCGUGUGCGCGUGCUGCCCGACGCAUGCAACUCCGCGGGGGAGCUCAUGCGCGGCGUGCGGUUCCGCGGAAUUUUGCUGAGCACGGGCAACGCCAGCGCCUGCCCCAUCGAGGUGGAGGCGGUGAGCCAUCCCUUGGCCUCCGCCACCGGGGGCUCUGCGCGGCUGCCGGUGACGCUGAGCUACAGCCUGGCGCGCACGCCCGUGGUCACGGCGCUGACACCUUCGCGCGGCACCGCGCGGGGGGACACCUUGGUGACCUUGCUGGGCGAGGGCUUGGACCCUUUGGACGCCAACGGCGAUGCGGCCACAGUGGCCGCAGACAAUGCCAACAUCAUGCUGAACGGCUACAGCUGCCUGCCGCAGGAGGCCAACAGCUCGGCGCUGAGCUGUAUGACCACGGAGCGGAACGCUGGCAUCCAGGCGCCCUCCACGGAAGUCUUCCUGGCGGGCAGGGGCUACGCCAUCAUCUCCGAGCGCUCGGAAGACACGGUCUUUAAGUACGUGGACCGCUGGAGCAACAUCUACAGCUGGCUGGACUCCGAGCCCCCGGUGGACGGGGACUCGGUGAUCGUGCCGGAGGGCCAGGCCAUCAUGCUGGACGUGAACUCUCCGAAGCUGUUCCUACUGCUUAUCAUGGGAUACUUUGAGUUUGAUCGCAAGGACCUGAGCCUGGACUCCACGUACAUCUGGAUCGCGGGGGGCCACUUCUUCGUGGGCUCCGAGGAGGCGCCCUUCCUGCAGCAGGCCACCAUCACCCUGCACGGGGACCGCUGGAACACCAUCGAGCUGCCGGUGAUCGGGUCCAAGAUGCUGGUGGUCACCGACCUCGGCGGCCUUGGCACCUGUACCCACCAGCACGAAAUGACUGUGAGGCUCUCUGCAAGGGGCAGGCACUACGUGGACCCGUGCCCGGUGAAGCUGGUGGGGCGCCUGGAGCUGCACGGCAAGCCCUCCAUCAGCUGGACGCGGCUGGUGGAGACGGCGGCCGCCGGAACCAGCCUGCUGCGCCUGGAGGAAGCCGUGGACUGGGAGGUGGGCACCGAGAUGGUGAUCACCCCUUCCGAGAGAGGGGAGGAGGAGGAGGUGCGCAAGGUGCAGAGCCUUGCGGACGGCGGCCUCACCAUUGAGCUUGACCAGCCGCUGCGCUUCGAGCACUUGGGCAUUUGGUACUUCAACGACGAGCUCCCCAGCCCCACCGACUUGCGCGCCGCUGUGGGACGGCUGACCCGCAACGUGAAGGUGCAGGGGGACGAGAAGUCUCUCAACGCGGGCAACUCUUUCCUCUUUGGGGUGCACAUGGGCGCCUUCCAUGGUGGCAUCAUGCGGGUGGAGAACACGGAGCUCACCCGCAGCGGCCAGGCGGCAAACUUCGGGCGCUACUCCUCGCAUUGGCACCACUUGUCCCCACACCGCACGGUGGACGUGGUGGACGUGGCCUAUUUGCGCAACAACUCCUACCACCACACCUUCCAGCGAGCGGUGGUGGUGCACUCCACGGACUAUGCUCAAGUGCUGCACAACGUGGCGCUGCAGACCAAGGGCCAUUCCUAUUUCACGGAGGCGGGUGACGAGGUCUUUGUGCACAUGUUCCACAACCUCGCAGUGCACCCGCUGCAGCAUCCCCUGCUGCUGAUGGACGACAUGACCCCAGCGGGCUUCUGGCUGCCGGGCUUCCAGGGCUGGCCUUCCCGGCGCGCGCCCGCACUGCCGGCACGCCCCGCCAUUUCCGAGGCCGCCAUCGACCCUGCUUCGGUGCCUUCCUUGCAACUGCUGGGAGAUGGCGGCCGAAUGCCCAUGUCCGGAGUGGGGCUUUGCUGCAGAGCCUCCGCCCGAGGAGAUGCGGGGCGGCAGGGCGUGCUCGACUUCCUGCUGCAGGGUGGCCGGCAUCUGGACACCGCGCAGAUCUACGGAAACCACAAGGAGGUGGGCGAGGGAGCGCGGCAGGCCAUGGACCAGGGAGUGCCGAGGGAGGAGAUCUUCCUGACGACCAAGAUCUGGCCGGAGGACUUCGGCUGGGACCAGGCUGCAGCCUGGGUGCCGCGCAUGCUCGCGGAGCUGCAGGUAACGUAUGUGGACUUGGUCCUGCUGCAUAUGGCCCAGGCUGACGGCAAGGACUGCGGGCCGCGGCAGUGCCGGCAAGAGACCUGGCUUGCCCUGCAGCGGUUCCAGCGCAAGGGACAGAUCCGAGCGCUGGGGGUGAGCAACUUCGGGCCUCGGCAAAUGCAGGAGCUCUUUGACCUUGGGGGUGCGCCCGUCGCCGUGAACCAGCUGGAGUACCACCCCUGGGUGCCCAGCAUCCACAGAGACACCGUGGAGUGGUGUCACAGGAGAGGGGUGGCGGUCACUGCGUAUGGCUCCAUGGGUAGCAACACCUACGCGCCGCAGAUCACUGCGCAGGGCGCCCUGCAGCAGAUAGGAGAAUGGCAUGGGAAGAGUGCGGGGCAGAUCUUGCUGCGCUGGGCGAUUCAGCACAACGUCAGCGUGAUCCCGGGCACUUCCAACCCCAAGCACCAAGCGGAGAAUCUGGAGAUCUUCGACUUUGAGCUAGGUAGCCAAGAGAUGGCGUUCUUGGACAACGUCGCGGAGAGUGACCGCAUGCUCUAUUUCGGCCACACCCCAGAUCAGCACCGGGACAACAUGGCGGCCAAUUGUCACCGUGGCUGGCGCUUGCAGAAAAUUGAAGGGAUUGCGGGGCAGCAGACGGACCUCACCUUCUUCAACAACUCGGUGCACGCCUCGGGGUUCGGGUGGCACCUGAAGCCGCCCCACGCCCCACCCACGCUGAACAACUUCCUGGCGUUCACGGCAUUCCGGUGCAGCACCGGGAUGUUCUACUACGGCACCGGGAACAUCUUCCACGACGACCACCGCUUCGUGGAGUGCGGCACCGGGCACUUCAUGAACCAUUUGUCCAACGGGCUUCACACGGCGCCCUUGUACCACAACCUCAUCUUGGUGGGCAACAUCGAUCCCCAGGCAACCAAUACGCGGAGCGGCAUUGGCAUCAGGGCCGCCAAGGACAACGAGUACUUUUUCGUGUCGGGCUUGACGGUGGUGAACUACAGGGAGAGCGCGGUGCUCCAAGGAUGCUUUGAGACAACUUGCACCAUGCGCUUCGAGCGCAUCCGUUGGUUCAAUUCCACGCGCCGCACCGUGAGCAGCACUGCCCAGGCGGGCAUCUUCUGGGACAUGGACGGCACCUUGACGGGGAAUCCCAACGGUUUCGUGGCGAAGAACUUCGCCUACAACCACUUCCCCGAUUGCCAGGUGGUGCCGGAGCACGUGGACGGGGUGCAGUGCGGCCGCUCGGACGGCAGCCUGCGGAUGCGGCGGCUGCUGGUGGACUCGGCGGAGCCCUGGCAGUUGGACGGCAAGCCGAUGCGCGUGGUGACCUCCGCCGGGGAGGGCGACGUACCCUAUGACUUCUUCAAGCUUGGCGGCUGGCCGGUGGUGGUUGUGGAGAAUGAGACCUUCAACAUGAAAGUGGAGGAUCCCAACGACUUCCAAAAGCUCCGUCUGUGGUAUUCCUUCCGCAACUAUAUCAUGGAGAAGCAUGGGUACCAGUACACCAUCACAGAGCCGCAAUCCGAAUAUGUGCAGAUUCAUCUGAACUUCACAGACUGGCGCAACCACUGGGAUGCCACGACAGGGUUGCGCCUGAGCCGCAUGCCCACCAGAGAUGACCCCUUCGGCUCGCACUCCAUGAUGCUUUGGCAGGAUCAGUGCGACGCCUUCAACCUCACGGAGGAGGCCCAGGAGACUUGCGGCGUCUAUGUGAACGAGACCGGUCUACUGCUCAAGGCAGAGAUUGACGAGCAGCCGGAGGUGGACAUGGUGCAUGGCAGACUGACCACUGCGCUGACCAUGAAGGUGGUGAACAACAGCGGCACCUUCUCAGCGGGCCCCAACACGCCGAGCAGCGGGAAUUUCAUGCAGAGCUUCACGCCACGGGAGUGCCCCGUGGCGGGUUGCCCGCAGCCCGCGAAGGGCCCCGACGGAUACAAUCUACUCCGGAGAUGGUCGGACGCCUCUGGCUGGCCCGACGGCCAGCUGCCGGGGGAGAUGGACAACGUGGUGCUGCCGCCGGAGGACAACGUCCUGCUGGACAUUGUGACCCCCAAGCUGCACUGGCUGGACGUCCAGGGGCGCUUGGAGUUCGACAGGGAGAAGAACACCACCCUGAACGCGCACUCGGUCAAGGUUUGGGGCAAGAUGGAGAUGGGCACAGCAGCCGACCCCAUUCCGCCCAACGUCAAGGCUGAGGUUGUCCUUUGGGGAGAUGAGCAGUCCAUUACCGUCAUCAUGACGGAGGGGCUCUUCCUGGUGAACAAGGUGGUCGCCGUUCUGGGCAGCCUCUCAGCGGUGGGCAGCCCCAGCACCACCAGCCAGGCCUGGACCCGGCUCGUGUCCACGGCGGACACAGGCGCCACACAGCUCAUCGUGCGCGGCAAUCAAGAGGAUUGGCCACUGGGCGCGCAGGUCGCAAUUUCCGCGACCGAGUACCCGCAGCCUCCAGCCACCACCGAGACCGAGGUGCGGAAGAUUGCCAGUCCGCCUGUCUAUGACGUGGAGAGCGACAGCACCACGCUGAUGCUCGACGUGGCCUUGGUGCACCGACACUUCGCCGGCACCGUGGACAGCAGCUCGGACACUCACUGGCCGCAGCCCACCCUGGCGGCGGCUGUGGCACUGCUGGAGGGGCGCUCCAACGUGAUCUUCCGCACCGGCGAAGAGGUCACCGAGCAUGGAGGCGAAGUGGUGAUCGCCGGCUCCGCGGACGGCAACUGGGAGGGGGUCGCCAACAUCAGCAACGUGGACUUCCUGAAGAUGGGCAAGCACUGGUACCAGGCUCCGGCCUUGAAGUUCAACUUCCUAGCGGGCCAGACCAACCUCUCGCGGGUCGAGAACUGCGUGUUCAGCCAGUCGCAAUCCGGCGCAAUCGAGGCCAACUCGGUCUCGAACCUGGAGAUCAUUGGAAACGUUUUCCACAGGACCUUCCGGACGGCGAUUUGGAUUCGGGACACCAGCGCCGACGAUGUUGUCAUCAUCCGCAAGAACAUUGCUAUCGAGACGCUCCGCCAUUCCAGAGAGAACACAGACUGGGUGCGGCACUUUGGAGCCUUCUACAUGGAGGUGCGACCUGGAGAGCUUUCUGGAAACGUGGCGGCAGGCUCCUGUGACACCGGCUUCAUCCUGCGGCCACAGCUGGCGGAAUGCCAGAAGGGCGAUGUGGGAAAGCCAAGGCUGCAGCAGGACGAGCUCAACGAAGCUGUGGCGACUCUGGUGGGUGUCUUCAUCUUGGAUGCGUGCAAGGAGGAGUGCAAUGAGUGUGCCCAAAUCCACGGGCUCGUGGCCUGGAAAUCUGCCCACGGAGGCAUUCUCUCGGGAGACCAGAACUCCAAUGUGAGGCUGGACACCAUCCUGCUGGCGGACAACCACAUUGGCGUGGGCCUUCGCUUUGUGCGGUCCUCUCCCGACAUGAGCCACCGGAUCUACUCCUACAACAUGUCGGUCUUCGGGUCAACGCCUGCCUCCACAUGCGACGCCUCCAUCGACUGCCGGGCUCUAGGCCGCGAGGACGUGGUCGGGGAGACCUGCAACUCGGUGAUCGGCAACAGCUUCCGCCGGGUGGGCAUCAUGACCCACAUGAUCAACAACCUUCCAAAGCUUUGUGAGAUGGGCAAGCUCAAGGUUUGCCGCCCCCCGACCACGCCUGUAAAGCUAUGUGUGAUGCCCUGGGAGCAUCGCCUCGGCAGCGCAGGCUCACGCUACUCGGAGGCGCACUGGGACGCAAUUACGUUUGGCCACUGGUCGGCCUCCGACUGCGGCCGGCCCUCUGCCGCCUUCACGUACAACCCGACCAACAUCGACACGGCUUAUCCCCAGUUGUUCACGUCGGUGAAGUGGCUCCCGUCAGUGGAGGCUGCCGCGAAGGUGUUCCUCGGGGAGUCCAGGGCGACCGGCAACCGGGUGAGCAUGAGCCCAGACUUCGACGGGACAAGCCAAAUGGCCCUGACAGAUGUGGACGGCACUCUGUUGGGCACCACCAGUGCUGAUGCUUCGUUGGUGACGGUGUACAACCCCGCGCUGGCGUUGCAGACCUGUCAGGAGCAAGGCAGCUCCUUCUACGACUGCCCGGACUUGCAGCUGAGAUACUUGACCUGGGAGGCAGUGGGCGGACCUGCGCACCGCGUUCUGAGCAAGAUGAAGUUGUGGCGAGCUUCGGACGACCGCUCCACCUGGUCGGCGGGUCCUCAGCCAGAGCUAGGCUGUAUUCCUGCGGACGCAGACAAGGACAGGAACUUCAAAGUCCGCCCGAAUGAAGAGUACAAUUUAACGAUGUUCACAUCGCCGCCAAAGCACCACCGGUUGUUCUGGUUCAAUGACAAUCCGGAGGAGAAGAUCAGACUCGACAUCUUCCUGUCCCAGCCCUUCCGUUUGGAGGUCUAUGUGGACGGUGGGCUGUUGUCGGAGGAUGUCUAUGACACGGCCAAGGAGGCGACCCCCCGCUUGCCGGAGUUGACGGACCCCCAUGGCAGCUACACCUUCGACCCCCAUCAGCGCCGCUUCUACCUGGUCAUGGCCGGCGGUACCUUCAGCGGCCGAAACGCCACCCUGGGCGCCGGCUUCAUCCUGCUGCGCCUUCUGCAGGUGGUGCAGAUUUCCAUGACAGUGUCCGUGUCCCUGGCAGAGUUCGACGGCCCGGCCAUCGUGGCGAACAUCGCCACGCUGCUUCAGAUCGACCGCUCGCGGAUAAAGAUCGUGUCCGUGCAGUCCAAGGCGCAGGUGGCGGCACAGCAGGGCCGAUUGCUUCAGAGUCGAUCGCUGCAGAGUGGGGAGGAGGUGGCGCUGAUCUUCCAAGUGGUGGAGGAGAAUCCAGAGCCGGUGCCCGGCGAGGCCUUUUCGGGCGCGGGCGUGCCGCCGCCGGCCGGGACGACCUGGGAGGCGGUUGUUGUGAGCAACAGCAACACCACGGGGAACGUCUCAGGUUCCGGCAGCUAUGAGUACAGCGCCGAGGGCCUUGCAGAGCUCGCGAGCCUGGUGCAGAUCCUCCAAAAUGCCUCAGAUUCCGGGACCUUGGCAGCAGCCUUGCAAGUCCCCGUGACGCUGGACAGCAUCGAACUUACUGAUUCGACGCAGCCAGUGGCAGAGGAGCCAGAAGUUCCUGAAGACUCUGACAACACAACCACUUCUAUGACUGAAACCACCACCACGGCUGCGACGAUUGGCGAAGUACCGCCGCAGGAUGAGGGCGCAGCCCUGCUGCAGUCCAUUGGCAUUGGGGCCGCUGUCGGCGUGGGAGUCGGCGUCCUCAUGAUGGGCGUCGGAUAUUUGGUUAGAAGACGCUUCUACUCCAACUCCGUGCAUACGCCGUAUGACGAAGCCAGCUCGCUCUAUGAUCCUUGA